CAUCUCCAAUGUCGGCGUCAGUUGGCCAGUUGGUGCCUCCACCUGUCAGACCAACCCGAGGUUGCCCGGCUCGGACUACGAGCAAAAAGCUCAAGGAUGCAAUAAGGGUGGAAAUCUUCAUGAGAGCUACAAGAGGGUACUCAGGGUGGAGUUCCUCCUCAGGCUCAUCAGCUAA